AUGGCUAUGAAGAAACUCAUUCAACUAAUUCUUGUUACCCUAAUAGCAUCAAAAGCAGCACCUCAACCCUCUUCAGAUUGCCCCAAAAGCUGUGGCAAUCUAAACAUUCCUUACCCUUUUGGGACAGGCGAGGGUUGUUACAUGAACGACACUUUUCUCAUCACUUGCUACCAUGAUAAUAACUCCUCCAAGUUCAUUCCUUUGUUGGGAAGAAGCAACGUAGUGGUGCUCAACAUAUCACUAGAAGAUGGGGAAAUUCUAGUUUCAAGUCCCAUAAUCCAUGACUGCUAUGGCACCACAAACAAUAGUUCAGAGAACCAAAAUGGUCUCAAUCUCACCCACUUUUCAAUCUCGCCAACUAGGAACAAAUUCACAGCACUUGGUUGUGACACGGUUGGAGUAUUCAUGGGUUACGAUAGCAGCAAAAAACAUGUUGCAACAACAGGGUGUGUAUCCAUAUGUGACACAGUUAGUGAAAUCAAAAGUAAUGGAUCAUGCGAUGGCAUUGGCUGUUGCCAAAUUGGUGUUCCUAGUGGAGUACAUGGUUUUGCAAUGCAAAGUUGGAGUAUGAACAACCACUCCACCGUACGUGACUUCAAUCCCUGUAACUAUGCGUUUACGGUCGCUGAAGGGUAUUACAAGUUCGAAACAGGAAACCUUAGGAGGCUCGAGAAUACGACGUUGCCCUUGGUCCUUGAUUGGGGUGUGGGAAAUGAAACCUGCGAAGAGGCCCGACAACAUCCUAGUAGCUAUGCUUGCAAGGAUAAGAACAGUGAUUGCCUCCAUCCAACAAAUGGGAUUGGUUAUCGUUGCAGAUGCCAUCAUGGUGGAAACCCUUACCUCCACGAUGGUUGCCAUGAUAGUGAUGUAUGCGGUUUGAACACCAAUCCCUGCAUCUACAAGAAAAGCUGCAAAAUCGUCCCUGGAGGAGGUUAUAAGUGCUCAUGUUCAAAGAGCCACGAAGAAGGAGAUGGAUUGAAAAAUGGCCAAGGUUGCAGACCCAAAAAAGACAAAUACAUAGAUAAUCUCAUACUUAUAAUUGGAUUGAGUUUGAGCUUAAGUCUAUUGGCAGUGGUUGUGGGAUGCUUAAACAUAUACCCCCAGAUCCGUGAAAGAAAGCUCAUGAAAAUGAGAGACAACUAUUUUCUAAAAAAUGGUGGUAUGUUAUUGCAAGGAAAGAUUGAUUCACUCAAUGGCUCAACUGAAAGAGCCACAAUUUUCACUGUUGAGGAGCUCAAGAAAGCCACCAACAACUAUGAUGAUGCUGGAAUCAUUGGCAAAGGAGGCCACGGAACUGUGUACAAAGGUAUAUUAUCAAAUGGCAGGGUUGUUGCCAUCAAGAAGUCCAUGGUAUCCAACCAAACUGAGAUUGAGCAAUUCAUCAACGAAGUGGUUGUGCUUUCCCAAAUCAACCAUAGGAAUGUUGUCAAACUACUAGGUUGUUGUUUGGAGACAGAGUUUCCCUUACUUGUUUAUGAGUUCAUCACUAAUGGUACCCUUUGUGAGCAUCUACAUUUUGAAGGUGAAGCAUGUGAAGAUAAGCACAAACUUUCGUGGACAGCACGUUUGAGAAUUGCAGCAGACACAGCAGAGGCUCUUGCAUACUUGCAUUAUUCUGUUUCCACACCAAUCAUUCAUAGAGAUGUUAAAACUGCAAACAUUCUUCUUGAUGACAACCUCACAGCCAAGGUUUCUGACUUUGGGGCUUCAAAGCUUGUUCCUCUUGAUCAAACCCAGUUAACCACUUUGGUGCAAGGAACAAUGGGUUACCUUGACCCUGAGUACUUCCAAACAAGCCAACUAACCGAGAAGAGUGAUGUUUACAGCUUUGGUGUUGUCCUUGCAGAACUAUUGACAAGCAAGAAGGCAAUUUCAUUUUUCAGGCCUCAGACUCAGAGAAAUCUGUCUAUGUAUUUUGUUUCUACAAUGAAUGAGGGUCGGUUGGAUCAAAUAUUGGACAAGGAAAUUGUGAGUGAUGCAAGUGUUGAGUAUGUAAUAGAAGUUGCCAAUCUAGCCAAAAGGUGUCUUAGGCUGAAAGGAGAAGAAAGACCAAGCAUGAAAGAAGUGGCAAUGGAGUUGGAGGGAAUAAGGGUCAUGGAAAAACAUUCACUAGGAGUAGCAAAAGAUGUUGCAUCCCAAGAAGAAACAGAGAGCUUUCUCAAAGAACGUUCUCACUUUAACAUUGUUGAUCAUGGAGAUGGUACUAGUGGUAGUAGCAGUACAAUUUCUAGGUUCUAUAAUUUGCAUAAUCAGAUUUUGGAACCACUAGGGAAUGGACGAUAG